GUACUAGAUGGCAUUACAUGCUUAGCACUCGGUAACUACUAAUCGCAUCGACGACACUAGACGCGCGUGACAUUUCAACUUUUGUUUUGAGCCGAAAAGAACGAAAUCGGUGAAGUAGAUCAAAAGUUAUUUUAUUUUGAAAAUGGAGAGAAACAAGGAAAAAAUUCGUUACAUUUUGCAGUAUUACUACGAUAAAGGCAAGAACGCUGCACAGGCUUAUGAAAAAAAUUGGUGCUGUUUACAGUGAAGAUACUCUAUCAAAAUCAACAGCACGAAAAUGGUUCGCUCGCUUUCGUACUGGAAAUUUUGAUGUCAAAAGUGAACCUCGCUCCGGUCGACCAAUCACCGAAAAGUCCGAUGAAAUAAUGGAAAAAGUUGAGCGUGAUAAGCAUGUGAGCAGUGUGGAGAUUGCCAGAGAACUAGGUCUCUGCAGAACUCUCUUAAUGGUGUAAAGCUGGCUUCAGAAGG